GUACAGAGGGACAGAGACACAGAGGCCCAAGUCCCCAGAAAUGUCCCUGCUGAGAUGCAGGCAGCAGACCCUGCCAUCACUCUGCCUCUCUGUGCUGUUCCUGGCCUGCUUUGUAGCAUCCAUGCCUACAGAAAGCUUGACCCCCACUCCUGGCCCUGAGAACAGCCGCUGGAGCCUGGUAAGAGCCAGGGUGAUGGAGAUGGUGGAACCACUGGUGACCAGAACCAGGGACAGAUGGCGGUGGUUCUGGGGCCCCAGAGCUAUCCAGGGCUUCGUGCAGACCUACUAUGAAGAUCACCUGAAAGACCUGGGUCCCCGAACUCAGGCCUGGCUGCAGAGCUCCAGAGACCACCUCCUAAACAAGACCCACAGCCUGUGUCCCAGACUGCUCUGCAGGGACUGGACUCAGGGUUAAAGUGCCACCACGUACCUCCCUCCCCUGGAACCCACAAUAAAGGUGUUUGUUCUUG